GUGAUCAUCUAAAGCUUAGCUAUAGAUAUCAUCGUGUUAUGGAGCUUUAACCUGUAAAAAAUUGUAAAAGCGGAAAAAAAGAAGACAUGGAUUUGUAUAGUCGAUUUUUCAUCUUUACUAUGGUGAUGCUCCUACGUGUGAAGGAGGUGUUUGCAUUCACAAAGUGUGAGGUCUCAGUACUUACCGUGAGGGCAGUUGACGCAUGCCCAACUGACGAAAAGUCUUGGAGAAAGGCGGCAGAGAGAUUCAACUGUUCGGCUAUUCGUCAGUCUUGUUCACAAUCAUCGGGAGCGAAUGCUCAAUAUUUUAAAUUUCAGUAUCAUUGUGUUAUCAAUGCAUAUAGGAAUGCGACACUGGAAGUAUGUGCACCUAAUCGCACUAUCCUUGGUUUUUGUACAGAAUUCAAUAUACAGGGGGCAUUAAUUCAGGACAACUAUGAUGCAGAGUGUACAAAACAUAACCCACCAUGUCCAACCAGUUAUAACUCAGCAGAGGCAUACAAAUAUCAAACUUGCUAUGAAAUGGUCAAAGAAAACAGACUGAGAAACAAGCAAGAAAGACAAAAAGAAAAUAUUUCUGGAUAUACAACUUUAUCUUCAUGAAACAGGAUCAUACGGACUCUUGAUGUGGUUAUUUAUCUGCUUCUCUUUGAAGUGGUUUUUAACAAAUUUGUCAUAGUGACCUAGUUUGUUUAUAUCAAUAUGUGUAUAAAUGUGUGCAUAUAUGUACGUAUGUAUGAACACUAUGUUAACUGGACUUAGACAGGUAUGGAUGUUUAUAUGCAUUAAUGUAUGGGUUCUGGUUUGAAUGAUUGAUGGUUUGAACUGCAUAAAAUGCAUAAAAAAAGGGGAAGACAUACGAUUAAACUGGAACAUAAAUCAACCACUCUAUUCCCCCGUGUACAAAUCGCGGGAACAUCUUACUUAAAUCAACGUAGGUUGCAAAUAAUUUGUAUACUUUUUUUAAUGAGGAAAAGUCGGAUUUUGAUUUUGCCGACAAACAAAUUAGAUUGCUUAAUUUUAAUUAAAACUUCUUGAUUCGAUAUUGCAUAAAUAGUAAACACCAAGGACACUACCAAGCAAGACAGUCAUAAAAAAGAUAAGACCAAUUGUAAUUUAAUGUCAUGCAAUACCUUGCUUUAAUGGGAGCGAUAUUUUAGUCAUGCUAUAUUUUUUUCUGUCUUGAUUUUAUAUUGUGUCCAUAUGGAAUUUGAGUUAAGAUUACUGCUUUUCAUAAAUUAAUAUGAUUUGGAUAAUUACAGAAUUACCUAAACGAGAUUAAUGGAAAAUAAAGACUGCAACAAUCUGCUGUAUUCAGUUGCUUGCUUUUUCUCUUUGUGAUGGAUAAUUGAACAUAUAUGCAUCCUGUUGAAUGUAAAAUGUUAAUAAAUGGCAGUUAUAUU